UGAUCCGAUCCCUCGUCGUCGUCGUCUCGCACCGACCUCAGAAGAGAGAGAGAGAGAGAGAGAGAGAGAGAGAGCCUCCAUGGCUUCAUCCUUCGACGACACCUUUACCAACGAAGGCGACGACCUAGCUAGGGCAUCCACGCGGCGCUUCGACGAAGACGACGACGACGACGAGUACAUAGGGCACGAACCCCGCCUCCCUCCGGGGCGGGGCUUCGACGCCUACACCGCCUUCGCCGCCGCCGAUGAGGUCUCUGAGGAACCGAUCAUCGUCUCCGGCGACGUCCCCGAGGGCUACGCCUUCCGAUCCGAUUUCUCCUCGGCGCCGCCCCCCUUCCCGAUGAAUGAAUCCAGCGGGAAGGGCCACGAGGAGGAGGACGAGGAGGAGGGUGGGCCGAUCCUUCCUCCCCCGAACGAGAUGGAUCCGGAGGAGGGGUUUGUUCUCAGGGAGUGGCGCAGGCAAAACACUAUCCUUCUUGAGGAGAAAGAGCAAAAGGAAAAGGAGCUGCGGAAUGAAAUAAUCAUUGAAGCUGAUGAAUACAAGCGAGCUUUCUAUGAGAAGAGAAAGCUGAACCGCGAGACGAACAAGACGCAGAACAGAGAAAAGGAAAAUCUUUUUGUAGCAAACGAGGAGAAGUUUUAUGCCAACGCCAACAAACACUACUGGAAAGCAAUAGCAGAGCUGAUCCCGCACGAGAUAGCCAAUAUCGAGAAGAAGAGAGGAAAAAAAGAACAGGAGAAGAAGCCUUCCGUUGUCGUUGUUCAAGGCCCAAAGCCUGGCAAGCGCACCGACCUCUCAAGGAUGCGACAGAUACUGGUGAAGCUGAAGCACAAUACCCCGUCUCACAUGAAGCUUCCGCCGCCACCUGCCGCCGCAUCCGAAGAUGGACCUCCUACAGCGGCCACUGGUGAAAGCAAGGGAACUUCGCCGAGUAGAGAAGCAACAGAGAAUGAAAAUGAGCCGGAGGCAGAACUGCUUUCUCCAGCAGCAGCUCGCCAGCAACCAAAGUGACCGAGCCAGCAGCUAGCUUCAACUGACUGAAUACUGUUGGACUUGUCUUUUUGGUUAGUAUUUCGUGCUACUUAUUUGUGGUAUUUUCUUAUUGUAUAAUUCGUAGAGAUCUGCAUUUUUACUCUGUAAGAGAUCUUUUAUGAUGGUGUGCAUGUGUAACAUAUGGGGACCGACAAAGAGUUUAUUUAGAAAAUUAGUUCUGAUGAUUGCGUA